AUGGGGGUGACAGGUCCCAAUGGGUUUCCAUGCUGCGGCCAGAAGUCAGUGGAGACUGUGGAGAUACCAGGCCCUCCAUGGCAAGGCCUCCAGUUCUCAUUCCCUCACCUGUCUCUUGUACCCUUGCAGCUGGAGGCAGAGUUGAUGGAACAGAAUGCCCCCUAUGAAGAGGACUUAGAUCUGGACACGGUCCCAGACCUGGAUGUGGUCUCAGAGAAAGACUUAGACAUGCUGCAGCAGGAGCUGCUCCCGGCAGCCAAGCCCGACCCCGAGCCGGACCUGGAGCCCGCAUGGCAGGCCAUCACCCCGGAGCUGAGCAGUGAGGACACUCUGCCACAGGGCUACAAGAUUGAAUCCUUCCCCUCCCGCAUAGAGGACUUGCCCUCGCUGCAGAGCUCGGCACAGCAGAGCUACCAGACCUUGGCAUCCAGUCAGCACCGUUCCAUCCGCGUGCAGACCUCCAAGCACCUCUUCUGGGCUGACAAACUCAUUCAGGCCUCGGAGCACAGCCUGCAGCAGGCAAUCCUCAGGCAGCAGGUCCAGCGUGGCCCAGGCCAGGGCGCCGAGGCCAGGGACACUGUUCCCAGCUCCCAGAGCGCCGAUGUCUUGCCAGAGCAACCAGCCACAGAACUCCAACAGACCCCAAGCCCCAGCGUGUCCGCCAGUUCCCCACCAUUGCAGGGCCUCGGUCUGGCAGAGCUGGUCAGCUUAGCUUCUUCCUUGGCCAUGGCCUCCUCCAGUAAGAUGGACAUACCCAGUUUGGAGCAGAUUGUCAAAGCUUCCCCCAAGAAGGCCGAGGAGCCUCCUCCAGAGCCGGCCCAGGCCACAGCAGAAGACAAGCCAGAGCCAGAAUCAUGCACAGAGACAUUGCUAGAGAAAACACCUACAGGAGAGGGGCAGCAGAACGCUCAGAAGCAAGAGAACAAGACGUCCCCUGGCCAUUACCUUGACUUCAGCAAGCCGGGAGUCAAGCGAGCCAACAUUGAAGGGGAAGUGGUGCUUCUCCAGCCACCAGCCAGGUCCUCCCAGCUGCAGGGAGCCAGGGAAGACUCGGUGCCGGGAACCAAGAAAGGGAAUCCAUUAUUGCUGAAAAUCCAUUUUAAGCUGUCGUCCCCCUCCACCCCAGAGAAAUGA